AUGAGCAAGAAGCUAAUCCACUUUGUAGACCAAUCCAAAGUCUUGAAUGAUCACUUGUUGAAUCUUACCAAGCUUAUGGGUAGGCUUAGUGAGCCCAAGACUAGGAAUGUUUCACCACCUCAAGGUUCACUAGCCAGGCAGAAGAAAAAUCUCAGUACUCCUAACUUAAGGACUGUUAAACAAGUUUAUGUUAGGAACGAGGACUUUGAGAGACUUAUUGCCUCAGCUAUAGUGGGAGUGCCCAUGACUCCCAAGGUAGUUGAGUCACCUAAGGAGUAG